CGCGAGCCCCCGGAGGACGCUCUCCGAUUGGCUGCCGCUCCGAUAUAAAAACGGCGGCUGUCGAGGCAGACGACGCAUUGGACGCAGAAUCUUCAAGCGGACAAAGGUCAGCAAUAGUAUGAUAGUAGCGCGACUCCUUCCAAACGUGAACCACAAGAAACUCUGUACCAGAGUCCGGUCCGUAGACUGGGAAGGGGGUUCGGCAGUCUCCAUACAUUCCAUACGACAUCUGCGUUAUAGUUAACCCUGGUGGAAGCUAGCCUCGGGGAAAAGAAAGCCCGGAGAACCAAAAGCCCUUGACAAGGCUCAGGUUAAUCGCAUCUAUAGAGUCUAAAGCUCAACGCGUCUUGAGAGUCUGCGUCAACCCCCAAGUGAGAUGGUGGUCAAAGGCACUCAGCAACACAGCCUGACCGUCAAGCUGGUCGGUGCUGGCUCAGCUGCUUGCAUUGCAGACCUUAUGACGUUCCCCCUGGACGUCGCAAAAGUCCGCCUCCAAAUCCAAGGUGAAGGUCUCAAGGCUGGAGCUGCCAAACAAUACCGUGGCGUGUUUGGAACCAUCGCUACCAUAGCCAAGAAAGAAGGACCACGAUGUCUGUACAAUGGCUUGGUACCCGGUCUUCAGCGACAGGCUUGCUUCGCUACUGUACGCAUUGGGUUGUACGACGGUGUUCGGGACUCUUACACCCGGGUACUCCUGAAGCCAAACAGUAGCGGAGCAUCUGUCCUGGGGGUACGCAUACUGGCUGGAAUUACGACUGGGGGCCUCGCCGUGGUGUGCGCCCAGCCCACCGACGUGGUGAAGGUCCGCAUGCAGGCACAAUCUGGUCGGGCUCCUGCACGUUAUGCUAGCUCUUUCCAAGCCUACAAGAUGAUUGCCAGGGACGAAGGCAUGAGGGGCCUAUAUAAGGGUACCCUGCCAAACAUUGCUCGUAAUGCCAUCGUCAACGCAGCCGAACUGGUCUGCUACGAUAGCAUUAAGGAGCAGAUUCUGAAUGCGGAUCUGAUGAGCGACAACAUGCCGUGUCAUUUCGUGUCUGCCUUCGCUGCGGGAUUCUGUGCCACCGUCGUCGCCUCGCCCGUCGACGUGGUCAAGACCCGGUUCAUGAAUUCUGGCAAGGGGCAGUACACCGGCGCCCUUGACUGUGCCAUGAAGAUGUUCCACGAGGGUGGUUUCAUGACUUUUUACAAAGGGUUCAUGCCAUCUUUUAUCAGGCUAGGAUCUUGGAACAUAUGUAUGUUUGUGACAUUCGAACAACUCAAACGCUUCCUCACUUUCCUGGGCGACUCGCGCGUCCGGAAGGAACUUCAUUCGACGAUUCCCAGCAGCACGAGCCAACCGCAAUUUCGAACGAGGUACAAGUUCCUGGAACCUAGCGCCAUUGGCAUGGAGCCGGUUCUAAUGGGGCAGGCAACACCGUGGGAAUUUUAACCAGCAUCAUUCAUCUACGCUUGACAAUAUAUAGACAGCAUUGACCAAGUCUAGUGAUGGGUUCCGAACAGAGUGUUGAAAACGACAAAGUGGUACAAACUGUUGCUCCACUUCGAUAGUGUAUUGUGUGUAAAGGUUCUGACCGUGUACGGGUGGUAGUCCUGAUAGGUACCGAUUUCUCAUGGGCAUAUACGCUGGCGCAGGUUAUAAGUGUUAAUCUCAAUACUUCGUAUCAAGAACGCAGCAUAUACCGCGUUUCGAUAUCUUGAAAUGAUCGAAAAUUAUCGUAGGGGAAAGUAUGGGAGUUUUAGCAGUUCUCAAUUCAUUUAUCGUCCGAUUUUAUGUUUGUCACCUGUAAUAAUGUUCCAUACAGAUACAUACUUUAUUUUUUUACCCAAACUAUUUGUGCUGCGUGUACAUUUACGUAAUUCCUCGCGGUUAUGAAGUUGUAAUAAAGAUGUUUAUGUGAUACAGA